AUAUAUAUCGUCUACAAAGAUUUCUUCCAGUUUUCUCUAUCGUUCUUUGAGUAAAGAGGCAGCAGCGGCACUCUCUCUCACGUCUUCAGAAGAAAAAGGUAAAGAAUCAUGGCUUAUGCUGCAAUGAAGCCGACCAAACCUGGAUUGGAGGAGCCUCAGGAGCAGAUUCACAAGAUUAGGAUCACUCUCUCCUCUAAGAAUGUGAAAAACCUCGAGAAAGUUUGUGCUGACUUGGUUCGUGGUGCCAAGGAUAAGAGAUUGAGGGUUAAGGGACCGGUAAGAAUGCCGACCAAGGUUCUUCACAUUACUACAAGGAAGUCUCCCUGUGGUGAAGGAACAAAUACAUGGGAUCGUUUUGAGCUUCGUGUUCACAAGCGAGUUAUUGACCUUUUCAGCUCCCCGGAUGUGGUGAAGCAGAUUACUUCUAUCACCAUUGAACCUGGUGUUGAGGUGGAGGUCACAAUUGCAGAUUCUUAAAUGUUCUCCUUUGCUUUUUUGGAACCUUACUAGUUUUUAUUUGAUUCGAAGCCUUUCAUCGGAUGUUACAGUUGCA